ACCUGUUUGUGAAAAAGUUUUCAAAUCCAGUUAUUAGCCAAUAUUUUCGUUAACUGUUAGAAACCCGUUAUGUUUUGGGUUUUUCUCGCUGUUAUUUGUACCUUGGUACAAGACGGAAACGGAGAAUGUCACACUUGCCACCAACUGUAUUCCGGAGUUCCCAGCGGCUUCAAGCGGAUCACAUACACGGAAUCCAGCGAGUUUCUGCAGAAUCCGAGAAGAGGAUUUUGGACAGAGCUGACAACGUUUACAUCUCAUUUUCAUCCUCUUACUCUGAAUGAGUUGGAGCGUUUACGGUCAAACAGUGGGUUAACUGUUAUACAAAGAAUUUACGUUCUCGACACGUUUACGUCACGUCUCAUUUCGGACGACUUCAUCCACAAAAUUCAUGCCGACAUGGAAACAGUCCGUAACGGGAAAAUGACGGUCGUUCUCCGUUUCUGCUAUGCUUUCACUUCUAGUCCCAAAGCACCAUAUGGCGAUGCUAGCAAAGAAUGGGUGUUGAAACAUAUCCAUCAGCUGUCCCCAAUCUUCCACCAAUAUGUGGACAUCAUCGAUUCAAUCCAAGCUGGCUUUAUCGGGACCUGGGGUGAGUGGUACUACACGACUUAUUUUGGGCAACCGGGAGAAAGAGAUUAUAAGAAAUAUCCUCACACAUUUGGCUACAGCCCGCAGGUAAUAAAAGACAGAGGAGAUGUGCUGAAGGCGGUGAUAGACGCUGCUCCUGUGGACAUACAAGUCCAGCAACGGUACCCCUCUUGGAACAGAAUGAUCUACGGACCGACCCCAGCCACGCGCCAUGACGUCACCACGCAUACCUACAAAGGGAGGACUGCAUUUCACAACGACUGUUUCCUGGCGGAUAAAAAUGACGUCGGCACUUAUGGCGACGGCGUUGACGUUGAUUACCCCUACCUACACGAGCAGACGAAAUACCUGGUGGCUGGAGGAGAGACAUGUCAGCUGUCGGUCCGGGACCCCAGCAGGCAUAAGUGUUCCACGUCUCUGCACGACAUGGCCUAUUUCCACUGGACAUUCCUGAACAUAGGCUUCUACAAACCCGUGCUUCACGACUGGCAAACUCAUGGCUGCUUCAACGAUAUUUUCAGGAAGCUGGGAUACAGAUUAGUACUGAAAGAGUCCGUUUUUCCUACUUCCGUCCAUGUAGGAUCAGAUUUUUGUUUCCGCAUUGUGAUGAGGAAUAACGGGUUUGCUGCUCCCUUCAGAAACUGGCAUGUUCUGCUCGUCAUGAAAAAAGGAUCAUCCUUCUUUGAAGCACAUCUGCCAAGUUUCGACAUGACUUUGUGGCUACCUGGAAAGGACAUUAUCUUGGAACACUCUAUCCACGUGCCCAGUGAAAUGGCAACUGGUACAUACGAGAUGAUGCUAGUAUUCAGGGACCGUCGAAUCCCUGCAUCUUCCGAUUACAACAUCCUGCUAGCUAACAACAACGUCCCGGAGCAUCAGGCGGGAAUUAAUAACCUGAGGCAUAGCGUAUUGAUGAUCUCCGGCGGUCACCAGACAGCGUCUUCCACCUGCCCACAUCUGGUGAAAUGGACGCCGCCGAAUCCUUCCAAGUAUAAACGAGUUGUCAGUCAAGUUCACGUGUGAAGAUGUUUAGCACGUGUACUUAUUGACACACGCUCUCACGUGUAGACUAUGUAAAUGCUAGCAAAAAAAUAGAU